GCAUUGUGACAUAACGCUAAGAAAACCAGGCGUUACGGAACAAAGGCAACGCAGAUCCUUCAAGGAGAAUAACAAGGAACAUCACAUAUCUUCGGUGCCUCAGAGGCUGGCGUGACAUCUUCUGUUUAAAGACAAAUUGCUGGUCCUUAACCUAGAAAUCCUACAAUGAACGACGCAAAGCAAACCUUUAAGGAGCUGGAGCAGAGCUGCAAACUCCUGUACCAACAGCAGAUGACCUUCAUCAAUGCUUUAGAGAGGACUCGUGAAAAUGCCCAUGAUAGAAUCAAGCCCGUGAGGAACCUGGAACAGGUCCGCAGCUACCUGGACAAUUACUGUAACAACAGCACAGACAGACGCAUCCUGUCCAUGUUUCUGAGCGUAUGCGCGGAUCUCACAGAUUUCUCUGUCAACCUGGCCGAGCUGCAAUCUGGGACCAAGGCGGCUCGUGAUAUUUUAGAAGAAAACAUGAAUCUUCUUAAUCCAGACAAUGACAUCUCUGGUCUGAGAGCCAAAUAUCCUCAUGAUGUUGUGAACCAUCUAAGUUGCGAUGAAGCAAAGAACUUCUACGGUGGAGUAGUAAGCUUGAUCCCUAUACUUCUGGAUAACCUUCGAGAGGCCAUCUCCAGGAUGGAAAAGACGCAGUCGGACCAAAAGCAACCGGGGAGCAAUGGACUGAGAACCAAAGAGCGGAACGAAACUAACAAAGGGGAGAAGAAUGUCACACAAACCACAGGGGUCCAAACCAUGGUUAGUCAGCGAAACAACACAAAGAGAGGUUCUAAUGAACUUUGCAGACCAGCCUGGAGACCAUCGGGAAGAAUCCAUACCAUAUAAAAUGCAGUGGCUCU